AUGCUUCAGGUCAGAGGCGUUGCAAUGCAAUUAACACCCGCCCCACUUCAAUCAUACUCGCAUACUCGUCUCCACAUCUUCUCCCUCCUUCGGGGCAUGUUAGACUCGGCCAGGCCUACCGUCCUUUGUCGGUGUGCCAUAGAUUCGUCGGCCAGACGUCGGGGUGUGUGGUGCGUGGGCCUGAUGGGGGCCAGUAUAUGUGACACCUUUAACGCAUACACGUCCGUGUGGCUUGAGGGCUUGUGUGAAAGCAGUCGUCGCCACGAUGGGCUCUCGUCUGUCGCCUCAUUAUGCAUGCCCGGCAUAACACACCCUCAGACCGGCCCACACUCACUUGACAGACCACUUGGCCGUGCCGACGGCCUCGCGCCUCGCGCCUCGUCCAACCGUCCGUGCUUAAUCCCUUCAUCUCGUCAUGCCACAUCCGAGGCCCACUCGACGCCGUCUCUCGUCGCCAGACCCUGCGCUCGUGCCCCACUACCUCCGACACCGGUCGCCAGAUCCCAGACACGACCAAUCCCUCUCCAGUCAGGCCGACAUGAUGGAGGCGACAGGUGGAUCACCUCUUCCACUCCCUACUCCUCCUCUUCCUCCUCCUCCUCCUCGGAUCUGCCCGGCUCGACUUUAAUGCUAAUGAGACGGCAAGGAACAACCUGGAGCCGGAAAACUGUCGUCAGGCGCGAUUUACUAUUUGCACGACUGCCUCGUGUAAGCCAGCAGAUACAGCAAAUAGUAGCAAUCCACCGUUGCCACGACAAUUAA